UUGCUACUAACCCAGCUGCCUCAACCCCUCCCAUGCAGAGCUCCUGGGGAAAGGGACCAGCAGUCCCCCUUCAGGCUGAGCCAGGCUGGCAGAAGCCGCUGGCCCCCAGGAGGACACCACCAUGACCGUGCUCACACACCUGCUGGUUUGCAUCUUCGGCACGGGCUCCUGGGUGGCCAUCAACGGUCUGUGGGUGGAGCUGCCCCUGCUGGUGACAGAGCUGCCUGAAGGCUGGAACCUGCCCUCCUACCUCACCGUGGUCAUCCAGUUGGCCAACAUCGGGCCCCUGCUGGUCAGCCUGCUGCAUAGCUUCCGGCCUGGCUGCCUCUCGGAGGUUCCUGUGAUCUUCACCGUGCUGGGGGUGGGCACCCUGGCCUGUCUGCUCAUCACCUUCCUCUGGAACAUGACCUCCUGGCUGCAGGGCGGCCAGCACAGUGUCGCCUUCAUGGUCCUCACCUUCUUCCUGGCCCUGGUGGACUGCACCUCCUCUGUCACCUUCCUGCCCUUCAUGAGCCGCCUGCCCUCCUACUAUCUCACCACCUUCUUCAUGGGCGAAGGGCUCAGCGGCCUCCUGCCUGCCCUGGUUGCUCUGGCCCAGGGCUCAGGGCUCUCUGCGUCAAUGUCACAGACACGCUGGUCACUGCCGAGGACAGCAGCAUCACACAGGUACCCAGCAUGGCCCAGAGCCACGACACAUCCACUUCCCUCUACCUCUGCAGAGUGCUCUGUGGCUGGCCUAGGACACAAAGUGACCUAA